ACCGCCGGAGAGACCCGCACAGCCGCGGCCCGCAGCUCCCAGCCAGCCCCGGAGGAAGGACCGCGUCCGCCGCGUCUCCCCGGACUCUGCGCUCUUUGUCGGCCGCAGGAGGAAGAGCUGCGGAGGACCGGCCUCCUCCUCCUCCUCCUCCUCCUCCUCCGCCUCCUCCUCCUCCUCCGAGAGCCCGACGUGAUAUGAACCCCUCAUCGGCUUAAACGGCCGCCGAGCGACACGCAGCCCCCGGCAGCAGGGCGGGAGGACCGGAGAGGACCGGAGAGGACCGCAGCGGACCGCAGCGGGGCGGACAGGACGUCUGCACCUGACCCUGCAGCCGAAGGCCGGAGAGGAGCGCGCGGAGCCGCAGCCAUGCCCGGGUUUGAUUACAAGUUUCUGGAGAAGCCAAAGAGACGCUUCCAGUGUCCGCUCUGCAGCAAGGCCAUGCGCGAGCCGGUCCAGGUGUCCACCUGUGGACACCGCUUCUGUGACACCUGUCUGCAAGAAUUCCUCAGUGAGGGCGUCUUCAAGUGUCCGGAGGACCAGCUGCCGCUAGACUAUGCCAAGAUCUACCCGGACCCGGAGCUGGAGCAGCAGAUCCUGGCGCUGCCAAUCCGCUGCAUCCACAGCGAGGAGGGCUGCCGCUGGACGGGCCAGAUGAAGCAGCUGCAGGGACACUUCUCCACCUGCGCCUUCAACGUGAUCCCCUGCCCCAACCGCUGCUCGGUCAAGCUGACGCGCCGCGACCUGCCCGACCACCUGCAGCACGACUGCCCCAAGCGCAAGGUCAAGUGCGAGUUCUGCGGCAGCGAGUUCACCGGCGAGGCCUACGAGAACCACCAGGGCGUGUGUCCCCAGGAGAGCGUUUACUGUGAGAACAAGUGCGGCGCCCGGAUGAUGCGCCGGCUGCUGUCGCAGCACAGCAUGGCCGAGUGUCCCAAACGCACGCAGCCCUGCAAGUACUGCGGCAAGGAGUUCGUCUUCGACACCAUCCAGAACCACCAGUACCACUGCCCUCGCUUCCCGGUCCAGUGCCCGAACCAGUGCGGCACGCCCAACAUCGCCCGGGAGGACCUGGCCAACCACGUGAAGGACAACUGCGGCAGCGCGCUCGUCCUCUGCCCCUUCAAAGACGCCGGCUGCAAACACCGGUGCCCCAAGCUGGCCAUCGGCCGUCACCUGGAGGACACCACCAAGUCUCACCUGACCAUGAUGUGCAACCUGGUGGGCCGCCAGCGGCAGGAGAUCCUGGAGCUGCGGCGGGAGAUGGAGGAGCUGUCCGUCAGCCACGACGGCGUCCUCAUCUGGAAGCUCAGCGACUACUCCCGCAAGCUGCAGGAGGCCAAGCUGCGCAGCAACCACGAGUUCUUCAGCCCGCCCUUCUACACCCACCGCUACGGCUACAAGCUGCAGGUGUCGGCCUUCCUCAACGGCAACGGCAGCGGCGAGGGCUCGCACCUGUCCGUCUACAUCCGCGUGCUGCCCGGCGAGUACGACAACCUGCUGGAGUGGCCCUUCUCCUACAAGGUGACCUUCUCCAUCCUGGACCAGAGCGACCCGUCGCUCUCCAAGCCGCAGCACAUCACCGAGACCUUCAACCCCGACCCCAACUGGAAGAACUUCCAGAAGCCCGCAGGCCGCAACUCGCUGGACGAGAGCACCCUGGGGUUCGGCUACCCCAAGUUCAUCUCGCACGAGGAGAUCAAGAAGCGGAACUACAUCCGAGACAACUGCAUCUUCAUCAAGGCAUCCAUAGAGAUUCCCCAGAAGAUCAUGGCUUAAGACCCCGCCUUCGUUCCGCGUCCAUGGAGGAGGAGGAACACCCCCGCCCUUUAGAGACCUUCUGCCCCCGCGGCCCCACCGUCUCAGAGCUGGAGGCCGGUGUGUUUGGCUGCGCGAGCGGACUGGGAGGAGGAAGUGUUGGGUCUGCAGAGCCGCCGCUCUCUGCUGGGUCUCGUGUUGUUUUCUAUUCCUUUAUUGACCUUUUAUCACAGUCUACGACAAAAAGCCUUGGAAAUCAAACAGUGCCUAGAGAGUUUAUUUUAAGUUAUACUUUUGUUGUUGUUUUUUCUGCAGUACAGAUGUUAAAGAUUAUGGAAAAGAUUUUAAAAAGGAAGGUGAAGGGCUUCACUGAGGAAGAAGGUGCGAAGCUGUUCAGGCGUCCCGUUUUAUCCGGGGCGACGGAGGAAGCCCGGCGCUCAGCAGCCUCCAGCCUGGAGCCCGACCGCCUUUUGUUUACAUGCUCAUACAGUGAACUGAUCCCUGAACACACACACACACACACACACACACACCACACACCACACACACACACAACACACACACACACACGCUCGGUCCUGCUGAGAGCCACUCGCUGAUCAUGUUUCCAGGUGAGGACUCCGGCCGUGUGGCAGACGGGACUGCCGGGAGAGCAGAGCUGGAAUGUCUGCACCUCAAGAACACAUUCAGGAGUUAGCUUAGCUUAGCUUAGCUUAGCAUAAAGCUGUGAAGAGGAGAGACGCCGAUGAUAGCAAGGCCCUCCGAACGCCACCGGUGAUCCGCACCAGCCUCCGCUUUGCUCCGGCUUUCAGAUUUUAUGCUAAGCUAACUAGCGAACAGAUGUUUUCCAUUAGCCAAUCCAGCUGUGAACAAAGAAAAACCAACAAGCAUCAGUCUUUGGAUAAAAACUCAGCGCUGAGCUGAGCGUGUUUUAACAGAUGAGGUUCAGAAUAAAGUGGAAAUAGUUAGAUUACUUCAAAUUACAGCAGACCGCUGGUUCGGACGGAGAAUCCCUCGACCUCCCGGCGACUUCCUGUCUCUCCUGGCAUUUCCUUUACUGCCAGUGCAUCGCCGUCGGCAUUUAGGGAUGCUGGGUAACGGCUCCGUCCCGUGGGUGGCGUGGCCUCGGUGGUGAACCGGUGGAGCUCCGCCGCCGCCCGGGGUCCUCCAGGCAGAGGGACGCCUAAAGCACCUUCAGUGGGUCGGGCCGAGCGGGGCGGCGCAGAGGCCCGUGGUCGCACACGGGCGUCUCGGAGUGGAGGAGAAGCCAUGUGGCCUUUUUAUACAGUAUGUCUUCGCAUGAGGGUUUCCUGGGGGAGCAGGGCGACACACACACACACACACACACACACACACACACACACGCAUGCAUGCUUCACGUGCGACCACCCGGAUCACGUUUCUGUACUGUAACCUGUUAUCUUGAAUCCCCCUCCUGUUGAUGGCUAUUCUCUCUCUUUUUUGGACCAUUUGAAAGUUUUUUUUUUUAAAGUUUUGUUUUGUUUUUAUAUAUCAAUAAAAUGUGAACGCUGUCGGUGGUUUAGCCUGUAGAGACGAUGAACACUCGGCUGUCAGGUGCGCCCGCCGCCGCCGCCGCCGCACCAUCAGACUGCGAUGCUACAGUCCACUCAUGAUGUAUGUGAAUACUAAUGUAAAAAAACAAAAAAAAACACUCAAAAAAAUAUGCAGAAGCACAUUCUGUCUUUUUUCUUAAUCAACAUGGAGGGAAGAAAAGCCCUCCUGUUCUCUUGUCAUAAUACCAGCUGAUAUUUUACAGUGAUUUAAAGAAGUGAGAGGUAAAAAAAAAAGAACUUUUUGUAAGAUUCUGUAUUUUUAAAAGUACCUACCUGUUUUAUACAAACACUCGUUUUGUUGGAGAGUCGGGGUUGACUUUGGGAAAUUUUCAGACCCUCUCGUCUCUUGAACAUUUGGAUAAUUUGUUUGUCCGUGUGGUUUGAGCCUCACAUAAUCUGUCUGUAUUAUUUCCUCUUCAAAGUAUUUAUUUUAAGGCGCCGCCGUGCGAGUUUGCACCGACGGCGCAAAUGUUUUAAUAUGAUUGAUGAGUGCUUGUCAAUUUCUUAACUGAAAUAAAAUACCAUAUAUUAUA